AUUCUUGGAGAUAUUACUCUCAAAAUGGCCCGAUUCUUGGAGAGCAUUUCAUCCAUUUAGACCUUUGUACCCAUUCUAAUAUUCUUGAUUCGGACUUUGAUGACCCCUCUUUUCUUUUUCUUUUUUUUAGCACGAAGAGAUGACAAAUUUCAGGGACUAUACCUUACCUUCCUCAAAACUUAGAUAUCUCAUCAUCGAGACUGAAGAUGGCAUAGAACAAACCAAGCUUUUGGUUCACACCUUACAAGCCGACCGAUAUGCAGCCCCAUGGCCUCCUCUAAGGAACUCCUUUCAUGUAGAGAACUGGACCUUGGAACACAAAUCGAUUUCUAAUCCAUUAUCCAAGAUGUGGUCUCUCCAAGCGCCAAUCCAUCGCCAUGUAAAUAUUGCUAGCACCCUUCCAAACUUAGGAAGUCACAUAAUUCAAGGCGAAGUACAUUGGGAAAACACAACAACAAUCGAGGGCGAGUAUCGGCAUAUCCCAGGAUAUUGGGAAUGGGCUGAAGACGUACUUGGUGGAAGCCAACAAACUCUGAGUACAACAAAGAUUUAUGAUGCUGUCUAUGCCUCACUUUUCAUUUAUGAUCGAAACUCGAACAUUUGCAAGCAUUUUGUGAGGCUUGGUGCCCCAAGACGAACACACUUCUUACAUCAGCUGGGGAGCUAUCUAUAUCUCUUUGGGACUUACAUAUCCUUGGGGGUUUGCCCAUUGCGGGUUCUCCGUAUGAAGAAGUGGUACCUGAGACAAGAGAACUCAUCGGUUUGAAUGAAAAACAAGUCAGAUUUAUUCCUCGAUCUUGUGAGUAUUUAUUUGCCGCAUUUUAUCAUCUUAAGGAGGGUACGGGUGCUACCCAAAAGGUCUCCUUCAUCAAGUGGGCAAGUUUUUGGUAUAAAAAAACUUUAAUAUAUAGGCCUGCCCUGUUGAGAAAGGAAAAGAAAUCUGCAUGCCUAAAGUCAACACAUAAUCCUAACAGAGUUAUUCCCGAGACGACGAGGUUGUCGAGUGAUCAAGAAACUAUAUUCUCUAAGCUUAGGGUGAGGUCUGACAAGAAAGAUGAGACAUAUGUAGCGACAUUCUUAUCAAUUUGGCUAUGUGCCUUUGUGUUCCCCAAGGUAGAAAACUCCAUUCGUCCUGAGACUUUUAAGAUGGCAAGCAUGAUGGCAUGCGGGUGACAGAUUAGCCUUGCAGUCCCAGUUUUAGCGAGUAUUUAUCAUGGUUUGAAUAAGAUUUCGCGUUCUUCCCAACUCGAUCAGGUCAAAGUUUCUUUUCCCAUUCAUUAUGUUUAUGGCCGGCUUACACAUUACUUCAAAACCCACUAUCCACUUGCUAAGGGUCCGUAUGUCCCUUUGAUGGUGACAUACUCAGGAGAAGGGGCUGCAAGGUACUUUGGCGAGAAGGAUGGAAGAAAACGCAUCCACAAUGGGGAGGAUAUAGUUUGGGCACCAACAAUGUUAACCAAUUCCCGUCCUUAUUAUUACGUGGAUAACGAUGCCCCUCAAGAUUUGGAAUCAAAUUACUUCAUGAGCUUACGUUUUAAUUACCUUCCUUUGAGGUAUGGUAACUCAUUCAUCAUCGAGCCAUAUAACCCGCAUCAGUUUGGUCGUCAAUUUGGAUUUUACGAGAACAUCCCCAACUUUUUAGAGAACGAUAUCCGCGACACCUCUCUAGAUUAAGGAAUCAGAUUUUGGAGGAUUUGCACAUUGUAUCGAUCUAUGUCACGUGCGAUUUUUCCCCCAGCGGGAGAUCCUAUGGAGAAGCCUUUCUCCACUAAUUAUAUGUCUUGGUAGGAGAAAGCGCAUGGGAAGUUUCUCGAGAAUAACUUACAAGCUUUGGUAGACAAUGUUGGGCUAAAGUCUACAACUCCUUUAGGAGGUGAAGAUCAAGGUGUUAGAAAGACGCUUGCAAAAGUUAAAAAAAUAUCAACUCCAAUCCCAAAAGUAGUUAUACAACCUAAAAAAAGGAAGCUUAAAUCCUCAAAGGCAGCUUUGAAAGAAGUGGUGUGCACUUCAACAGCUAUACAGACACACCCUCUAGUUCUUCCAUUUAACACGCGUGUUUCUCAAGACAUAAACCAGAGUACCAAUGAAGAUCAAAAUUGGAAAAGGAAACGACCUAACCCAAUAGAGAUCGUAGAGGUUCAAAGUGUUGAUAGUCCCUCAAAAACGCAUACAACUUGUAACAAAGAGGUAAACACUAUUGGGCAGCCGAUGGUAUCCCCAUGCGACAAGCCGCAAGUGAGUGAUGAAUCUAUUGGAGGGCCUACGUGUAAAGUGAAGUCAUCGUCAAUGGCGUCAUCUCUUCCUCAUGACGAAUCCCUAAAAAGAAAAACUCCAAAUGAGAUAACUCGCAUUUUACCAAUGACAAAUACGGCGGUAUCUAUAUUUGAAGGAAAACGCAUUGUUUUCAAUCGCAAGAAGGAAUUCAUUUUGGGACUUUGGGAGGAUAUUUGCAAUAGGCUCUCCAAAACUUGUCUGGAAUUGCUCUCAUCUUAUAGGGAGCAAAUCAUUGAGAUUUUUGAGGAUAUAAAGAAGAUGAAUAUUCUGGAUUUUUCUCCAUUAGAAGAUUUACUGAAUUCUCUUUUUGAACUUGCCGCAUCAUAUGACCAAGAGCGAUCCAAUAUGGCUGAUAAGACGAGUGAAGAUGAGAAGCUAGAGCUGAUUUCCAAAGCUAAAGAGCGUCUCGAAUCGUUCAAACUUGAAGCAAGUGAGAAAGUCAAGAAAGUUUCCUCUAGUGAAAAGAAAUUGAAGAGAGUCGUGAAGAAGUUGCAUACAUUACAACAAGAGAGGGAGAACCUCGAAGGUGUUAUAGAAGUGACUCAAAAGGAGGUUGAAGAGAUUCAGAAAAAUAUUUCAACUGCCGAGACUGAGGUCUCUUCAUAUGACAACAUGAAUUUAUUGACUGUUGAUGAUUCGGCCAAUUUGGAGGAGAAGAAGAACUUGGAGACUAGCUGUCAAGAACUGAUCAACUACAAAUUUUGUUUAGAUUAGGCUGUUAGCAUUAUCUCCCCUUUUAAUUUUUAUAUUAGGUUGACCUAGUGGAUAUUAUUUCAUCUUAGAUAAGAUUGUUUCUCGUUUGCUUUACAU